UUCCCCGCGGGUCUCCGGGGCGGGGCGGCAGAAAGGGGGAGCGCUUCCGAAGGACCCCACCACCAACAUCCCGUCCCCCCGCCUUCCCUCCCGCCGCCCGGGAAGGCCAACCCCGCCUGCCUGAGUCACGGCCGGAGCUGGGGAGGAGCCGGGGAAGGCGGCCCCAGCCCAGAGCGCAGCCGGCGGCUUCAGGGAGAGCCAGGGCAGGGCAGUCGGGGAGCAUGGGGGAGAGCGCGCUGGAGCCGGGGCCUGUUCCCGGAGCGCCGGCUGGGGGCCCGGUGCACGCCGUCACGGUGGUGACCCUGCUGGAGAAGCUGGCCACCAUGCUGGAGGCGCUGCGCGAGCGGCAGGGGGGCCUGGCUCAGAGGCAGGGCGGCCUGGCGGGCUCCGUGCGUCGCAUCCAGAGCCGCCUGGGCGCGCUGAGUCGCAGCCACGACACCACGAGCAACGCGCUGGCGCAACUGCUCGCCAAGGCGGAGCGCGUGGGCUCGCACGCCGAUGCCGCCCAGGAGCGCGCCGUGCGCCGAGCCGCCCAGGUGCAGCGGCUGGAGGCCAACCACGGGCUGCUGGUGGCGCGCGGGAAGCUCCACGUUCUGCUCUUCAAGGAGGAGGCUGAAAUCCCGGCCAAGGCCUUCCAGAAGGCGCCGGAGCCCUUAGGCCCGGCGGACCAGGCCGCCGAACCUGGCCCCCAGCAGCCAGAGGGCGAAGGUGGGGAGAGCUCAGACGAGGAGCAGCCCGUGGAGUCCAGGGCGCUGCGGCUGCGGCGCGCCGGGUUGGUACAUAGCUUGCGAAGGGCCUUUUCGGGCCGGAAAGGGCCUGCAGCGCCAACCCCCACGCCUGUUAAGCCUCCUCGCCUUGGGCCUGGCCGGAGCCCUGAGGGCCAGCCGGAAGCCCAGCCUGAGUCGGAGUCUAAGCAGGAGCCAGAACCUCCGCAGGAUACCGAGGAAGAUCCCGGGAGACCUGGGGCUGCCGAAGCAGCAGCGGCUGUGCUCCAAAUAGAGAGUGCGGCCUGAUGGCCGGUGCUGCCUGCCUCCCCCGUGCCGAUGCCUAGCCCCGAAAUAAAUCUUCCUCUCAGAAUGCAGCGUUCCGGCCCAAAUAAGGAGUGAAUCCUGCAUCCACAGCCCAGCGCUGGCCCUCCCUUCCUGGCUUCUUAAGCCCAGCACCCUGUGUCCUUUAAAAGAGCAGCCACUCACACCUGCUUACACUCACCGUCAAUAAAAGUCAUGGCACCUAAA